UGGUAGAUCCAUUCCCUAUGGGCGAAUUUGCGACUGCGUUAGAAAAUAAAAAGGAAACCUCCCCUGGUCCUGAUUUCAUCCCUUAUAAAGUAAUCAAAAAUCUUCCCCAGUAUGCUAAGGAAAUUUUAUGGCAAAUAUUUAAUGAUCUUUGGCAAAACAACUGUAUUCCUUCGAAUUGGAAAACUCAACAUGUAGUACCGAUUUUAAAGCUUUACAAGGAUCCCAACUGUAUCAAUUCUCACAGACCCAUUUCAUUAACUUCUUGUUUUUCGAAAAUUUUCGAAACUAUGUUAAAAAACAGGUUAGAGUGGUUUACUGAAAAUAACAACUUAAUACCAAGUACUCAAUACGGAUUUCGUAAAGGAUGUGGUAUUUUGGUCUACCCUAUUGCCUUGUUUCGAAUAUAACUUUCAUGACAUGUUGAGAGAUGUGGCUAUUGAUCUAAUCAAGUUUAAAUCUAAAAAUGAUUUUCUGGAGUUCCUUGAAGAUAAGACUGAUUUUGUUAAAGUGUAUACAGAUGGCUCUAAAACUAAAGAUAGAACUAGUUUUGCAUUUUUUGAUUCGUCCAUGAACAUAGGAUCAGUUUAUAAAUGUAGCAAUUUUUUCUCUGUUUUUUCGGCUGAAGUACUAGGCAUUAUAUAUGCUUUAGAGCACAUUCGAGUAAAUUACUCUGCAGGGGACAAAAUUUUAAUUCUAUCUGAUUCAAUGAGCGCCUUGCAAGCUCUUAAAAAUAAAUGUAUUAGUGCAUCUGUAAAUUAUUUAAUUUAUAAGUUAAGAAGUUGUUUGAGUUUUUUGUAUUUCAGAAAUAUAUUUGUUGAAUUUUGUUGGGUGCCAGGUCACUCUGGUAUUGUGGGUAAUGAAUUUGUUGAUAAAUUAGCGAAAUCUACAAAAGAUAUAAAUAUUUCCGAUUUUAAAGUUCCGUACUCAGAUUUAGUUUAUUCAAUUAAACAAAAUAUGAUGAAACGUUGGUCUAAUUACUUGUCUAAGUCCAGAGAAACGAAAGGUAAAUGGUUAGCUGAAAUAGUCCCAGUACCUAGUACUAAAUCUUGGUUUGAUAAUUUUAGAUUCUUCCCGGGAAGAGCCUUUAUAUCGAUUAUUUGUAGAUUACGUAUAGGCCACGGCCAUUUUCCUGCGCAUCUUUUUAGAUUAAAGUUAAGUGAAUCAGCUGCAUGUACUUAUUGUAACUCUGGCAUGUGUGAUCUAGAUCAUAUUUUUUUUAAUUGUCCUGAAUUCAAUCAACAGAGAUUAUUGUUUAAUGCAUUAUGUAAAGACACAGGCUUAAAAUCUAUUCCUAAUUCUAUUCAAGGUAUUUUAAAGCUUCCACAACUAUUCUCAAUAGUGUAUAAUUUUGUACUUCACACUAUAGGACGACUAUGAAUGUAUAAUUCAUGAAUGUAUCAUAGGUCUCCUGCUUAUGUGCAAGUUUAAUUAUUUUUUUAUAACGACUCAUGUUCUUUUUUGUUGUUUGUUGAAAGAAAACUUGUAUUUUUUUAUAGUAAGUUCUUGCAAUUCAUUUUGUCAUUAAUUUGUUGUUUUCAAUCAUUUGUAAUUGUUUCUUGGUUUGGUUUGUUUCUUUUAUUUGUGUUUUUAUUGUAAGUUCUAGUUCAUGUUCUAUUUUUUUUGUAAAAUUAGCUUAAGCUGAUAUCCGUGUUGCCAAUGCUUUCAAUAAAUUAAAAAAAAAAAAAAAAAAAAAAUAAAUAGCAUAGAUUAUCAAAA